CGGUUGGUGCCUUAGCAACUAAACCUAGUAACUAGGGAAUCUUCAAGUGCUUCGGCUUUCUGUUGAAGGGCCUCGGGAACCUUUCGCUCAUAAGGUGCGGUUUCCAGCCUCCUGGGCAAGGCAACAGUCUCCUCCCUUGCCUGGGACUCUGGAACCAUUUCAGUCUGGUGAAAGUAAGAGGCAGUUUGGGACUAGAAGGCUUUCGCGGAGAAAAGUCUGACAUGCCUAUCCUGUGUGACAGAUUGCUGAAGCUAAAAGAGAUGUUUAAUUCUAAGUUUGGAUCCAUUCCCAAGUUUUAUGUUCGAGCACCAGGAAGAGUCAAUAUAAUAGGAGAGCAUAUAGAUUACUGUGGAUAUUCUGUUCUUCCUAUGGCUGUAGAACAAGAUAUGUUAAUAGCCGUGGAACCUGUGAAAACACAUAUUCUCCAGCUGGCCAAUACCAAUCCUUUGUACCCGGACUUCAGUACUAGUGCUAAUAACAUCCAGAUUGACAAAACCAAGCCUCUGUGGCACAACUAUUUCCUAUGUGGAUUUAAAGGAAUUCAGGAACACUUUGGUCUCAGUGACCUGACUGGAAUGAACUGCUUGGUAGAUGGAAAUAUCCCACCGAGUUCUGGCCUCUCCAGCUCCAGUGCUUUGGUCUGUUGUGCUGGCUUGGUGACACUCACAGUGCUGGGCAUGAACCUAUCCAAGGUGGAGCUUGCAGAAAUCUGUGCCAAGAGUGAGCGUUACAUUGGCACUGAAGGAGGAGGGAUGGACCAGUCCAUAUCAUUUCUUGCAGAAGAAGGAACUGCCAAGUUGAUAGAAUUUAGUCCUCUGAGGGCAACUGAUGUGAAACUCCCAAGUGGAGCAGUGUUUGUGAUUGCCAACAGUUGUGUGGAAAUGAAUAAGGCAGCAACUUCUCAUUUCAAUAUCAGGGUGAUGGAGUGUCGGCUGGCUGCAAAGCUCCUGGCUAAGCACAAAAGCUUGCCAUGGAAAGAAAUGCUGCGGCUGGAGGAGGUGCAGGCCAAACUGGGGAUCAGUCUGGAAGAAAUGCUUUUGAUCACAGAGGACGCCCUUCACCCUGAACCCUACAGCCCUGAGGAGAUCUGCAAAUGUCUGGGAAUUAGCCUGCAGGAACUCAAGACCCAAAUUCUCAGUCCAAACACUCAAGAUGUGCUCACCUUCAAACUCUACCAGCGGGCAAAGCAUGUGUACAGUGAGGCUGCGAGAGUGCUCCAGUUUAAGAAGAUAUGUGAAGAAACACCUGACAACAUGGUCCAGCUGCUGGGGGAGUUAAUGAACCAGAGCCACAUGAGCUGCCGGGACAUGUACGAGUGUAGCUGCCCUGAGCUGGACCAGCUGGUGGACAUCUGUCGGAAAUUUGGGGCUCAAGGAUCACGACUUACUGGAGCAGGAUGGGGAGGCUGCACCGUUUCAAUAGUACCUGCUGACAAGCUGUCCAGCUUCCUGGCAAAUGUGCACGAAGCCUAUUACCAGAGGAGCAACCGAAGCUUAGCGCCGGAGAAGCAGAGUUUGUUUGCUACCAAACCUGGAGGAGGAGCUUUGGUUUUCCUUGAGGCCUAAACAAUGUAAAAAAUCUCCAAGAAACGAUUUAGAGCAUUUAGGGACUGGCAGGACUUAUGCCACAGUAAAUUAAUCCUCCUUCUGUUUUGUAUUAUGAAGAAAUGGUUGCUAUUAUCAAGAUAUAUUUCCAAAGAAAUGGUUGAAAGCUCCCUAUGCUUCAUAAAGAUGAUUUUUCCUCCUGAAAUAUGUUUUCUACCAAUAAGGGUGAAAAUUAUGCUUGGAUAAAGAUCUCUUAAGAUAAUUAGAUUUAUUGAUUUCAAGAUUUUUAAAGACACAUGGUUAAAAGACCAUCAAUACUGGUACCUCAUGAAUUGUACCUGAAUUAAACAUACAUUCUUAAAUACA